AUGAUUAAAGUAAUUUUGGAGGACGAAAAGUACGGGGUCCAAGAGAAAAUGUCAGCCCCAGGGAUCCAGCUCGUCUAUUUCGAGGAAGGAGUCAUUUCUAAAUGCAUCCGCGAAAUGCUUCAUAUGCCGUCGUACAUGAUCUUGGGCAUGGUGGAGAUUUUAACGGCGACGCAUCGUGAGUAA